AUGUCAACCACGACCACAUCAACAAAGCCAGGCCACGUCAGGACGCGAUUUCUCGUCAUCUCGGAUACUCACUCUAUUGCCCCUGCUGACAAUAUCGGAAACAAUGAUGCGUCCUUCCGCCCACCACUGCCCAAGGCAGAUGUGCUCCUACAUUGCGGCGACCUGACCAUGAUCGGUCUUUUGGAAGAGUAUGAAAAGACUCUUGAUAUGCUGGAGAGUAUCAACGCGGAUCUGAAACUCGUGAUAGCUGGUAACCAUGACAUCACUCUGGAUGAAGAAUAUUAUGCUAGAAAGGGCGAGAACAUGCACAGGGGCAGACACGACAAAGACCUACCUGCGAAGGCGAGAGAUAUGUGGACGGGCGAGAGAGCUAAGAGAGCUGGUGUGACCUACCUAGAAGAAGGAACGCAUACUUUCCAGUUACCGAACGGUGCCAAUCUCAGGGUCUACGCAUCCCCUUACCAACCAGAGUUCUGCGACUUUGCCUUUCCAUACUCCCGCAAUGAAGACCGCUACAACCCCUCCCAUCAGUGUACACCGAACGCCAAACCCAUCGCCGAGAACCCUGUCCCAGACUUCCCCAGCAUCGAUGUUAUGAUGACCCACGGACCGCCUAUGGGCGUCAUGGACGCGACAACAACGGGAGAGCACGUCGGCUGCGAACACCUCCUACGAGCAGCUCGACGCUGUAAACCCAGACUCUACUGCUUUGGACAUAUACAUGAGGGCUGGGGUGCGCAGAAAGUACGUUGGAACAACAACGAUCAGCUGGAUGUUAAGAUUGAAGAGCAUAUCGAAUUCGCCGAUGCUGUACCUCUUGACUGGGAGGCAAUCAUGGAUGAGAGGGCUGCGAGUAUUGACGUUGGUCAAGGUAGCGACGACGCGGUUGAGUUUGGACGGGACACGCUGAUGGUCAACGCCAGUAUCAUGAGCGUAACAUACAAGCCAUUUAACGCGCCAUGGCUUGUGGACCUGGAUCUUGAGCAGGCGUAA